GAUACUUCUGACUGUCGAUAAUAAGUCUUUUAUUGAACAUAAAAAUGGCCGCACGUCGAAUUGCCGCAUCUUCGAUAAAUUGGUCCGCACUCGCGGAACGUGUUCCGGCGAAUCAGAAGAGCAGCUUUGGCGCCUUCAAGACCAAGUCGGACAUUUAUGUGCGUGCCGUGAUGGCGAAUCCGGAGACGCCGCCAAAGAUCGAUUGGGCCUACUACAAGCGACUGGUACCCGUUGCCGGCCUCGUCGAUGGCUUCCAGAAGCAAUAUGAUGCGGUGUCGGUGCCAUAUCCCAAGGACACUGUGACUCCGCAGGUGGAGGCCGAGAUCAAAGAAUCACAGUCGGAGAUUGGCGCGUACAAGAAGGCGUCUGAGCAGCGCAUCCAGAACUAUCAGAAGGAGAUUGCACACCUGAAGGCACUGCUGCCAUACGAUCAGAUGACCAUGGAGGAUUAUCGCGAUGCAUUCCCCGACAGCGCUUUGGAUCCAUUAAACAAGCCCACUUUCUGGCCACACACGCCCGAGGAGCAGGUUGGCUACAAGUCCAAGGAACAGCUGGAGGCCGAGGCUCAGGGACAUCACUAAUCGAGUGGAGUAGCAUCAUCAACAAUUAAUUGUUUUUGAUUCGAAAUGUAAACAUUAAUUGCGAGUUGUUCGAAACUUAAAUAAAAUCUUUGAAAUCGAA